AGUCGCUCAUCACUUUUGCUGUGGUCUUCACCAUGCCCGAGCCGGCCAAGUCCGCGCCCGCCCCGAAGAAGGGCUCCAAGAAGGCGGUGACCAAGGCGCAGAAGAAGGACGGCAAGAAGCGCAAGCGCAGCCGCAAGGAGAGCUACUCGGUCUACGUGUACAAGGUGCUGAAGCAGGUGCACCCCGACACCGGCAUCUCGUCCAAGGCCAUGGGCAUCAUGAACUCCUUCGUCAACGACAUCUUCGAGCGCAUCGCGGGCGAGGCGUCGCGCCUGGCGCAUUACAACAAGCGCUCGACCAUCACGUCGCGGGAGAUCCAGACGGCCGUGCGCCUGCUGCUGCCCGGCGAGCUGGCCAAGCACGCCGUGUCCGAGGGCACCAAGGCCGUCACCAAGUACACCAGCUCCAAGUAGACUCGCGAGUAAGCGGCCGAGUCCUAACCCAAAGGCUCUUUUCAGAGCCACUCA